AUGCGGCCAUUCACGCCCCUCUCCCUUCUCGCCCUCCCCCUAGCCCUCGCCCAAGAUGCGCUCACCUCCCCCAAGCGCGGCCUCGUCUACGUGCAAACCGAAAACCCCAGCGACGACCACUACUGGACGACCAACUCCGACCUGACCUGGUACUACAACUACAUGGCGACGCCCACCGCGGCCCUCUCCGGCACAAAUCUCCAAUUCGUGCCCAUGCUGUGGGGCACCAACAACGGGGAUAUUUCGUUCUACACGACCGUCAAAGGGCUGAAGGACGGAGGCAUGAACAUCAGCUACGUGCUGGGUUUCAAUGAGCCGGAUGGGUGUGUCUCCGGGGGUAGUUGCGUGGAUGCGAACACGGCGGCGCAGGUGUGGAUGCAGCAGAUCGAGCCGCUGAAGAAUGAGGGGAUCAAGUUGGGCGCGCCCGCGGUCACGGGGAGUCCGAACGGGUUUACGUGGUUGCAGAGUUUCUUCACGGCGUGCUCCAACUGCACCAUCGACUUCAUCCCCGUGCACUGGUACGGCAACUUCGAGGGCUUCGCGAGCCACAUCGGCCAAGUCAACGGGACAUACCAAAACAUCUCCUCGAUCUGGGUGACGGAAUACGCAGAUCCCACGCAAGAUCUGAGUGAAUCGCAGGAUUUCUACAAUCAGAGCAGUUCGUUCUUGGAUCGAGUGCCGUACAUCCAGCGCUACUCCUACUUUGGCUCCUUUCGCUCGGACGUGUCCAACGUCGGUCCCAAUGCCGCUAUGUUGACGCAGAAGGGCGAGUUGACCGAUAUUGGCGCUUGGUAUUUGGGCCAGGCUGCCACUGGGAACGUCCCCAAGGGCGAUGCGACCAAGACGGCGAUUUUUGCGAGUUGGGCGCUGGCGCUCAUUGCCGCGUCGUUUUGCUAUGUGGCAUGA